AUGGCUCGUUUCGGCCGAGUUUCUGCCACGGGCAGAGGCAAGACGCCUUUCCCUACUCGCCAAAUGGCCGUCCUGGCUCUGUGCCGGAUAUGCGAGCCCAUCGCUUUCAUGUCCAUCUUCCCCUACGCCUACUACAUGGUCGAGUCUUUCGAACUUGACCGAUCUAAGACAGCAAUGUACACAGGAAUGGUCACCUCGUCAUUUGCAUUCAUGGAGUGCAUCAGCGGAAUCUUCUGGGGCCGAUUGAGCGACAAAAUCGGGCGCAAGAAGGUGCUUCUGGGUGGCAUGCUUGGCACCGGAUUGAGCAUGCUUCUUUUUGGCUUCGCCCAGAGUCUGCCAAUGGCACUGUUGGCUCGGGCGCUCGGUGGGCUGCUCAACGGGAACAUUGGCGUCCUUCAAACCACCGUCGCUGAGCUGAUCACGGACGAGAGGCACCAGCCGCGCGCGUAUUCCAUCAUGCCUUUUGUGUGGUGUCUUGGCACCAUCAUUGGUGGUUCCCUUGGCGGUGUCCUCGCACAGCCUGCCACCGCGCUUCCUGGCGUCUUUGCGGGGACCGUCUUUGAGACGUUCCCCUUCCUCCUGCCCAACGUUGUUUGCGCUCUCGUUGUCGUAUUUGGACUUGCGGUGGGUAUCUUGUUUCUGCAAGAGACGCACGAAGACAAAAAGUACGACGAGGAUCGUGGCCUCGAGGCUGGCAAAUGGCUUCUGCGCAAGGCAUGGAGGGCAGAGUCGGACGCGACUUUGAACGAGAAAGACGCAUCCCUUGAUGAGAUGACGUCCAUGUUGCAGGACCACGACAUGAACUCGCAUGCGUACCGAAGCACCGACAGCUCGCCGACGUUGUGCAGCACCCGCACAUCCAUGUCGGAGCCACCGGCCUUCUCGCUGGACCCGGAAAAGGCGCCAGCGCCGAAUGUGCGACAAGCGUUCACCAAGCAGGUGUGUUUGAACAUAGUGUGCUACGGCAUUCUCGCUUUCCACACCAUCUCGCUGGAGCAGCUUUUGCCCAUUCUCAUGUCCAAGGAGACGCCGAUGAAGGGCGAGGAGCAGCUGCCGUUCAAGUUCAGCGGUGGAUUCGGGUGGAAGACGCAAAACAUUGGCGCGUUCCUAGCGAUGCAGGGAGCGAUGCAGAUGUUCGCGCAGCUCAUCCUGUUUCCCUGGCUCAGCAAGAGACUGGGGAGCCUGCGCACCUUCUGGAUCACGCUGUGCCUGUACCCGGUCCUCUACCUGCUGGCGCCGUACCUCGCGCUCCUCCCCGAGCACCUUCGCAUCCCCGGUCUGAUGGUGCUGCUCGUCGGCAAAGUCAUCUUCCAGUCGCUCUCGUACCCAUCUCUGGCGAUUAUGCUGGCCAACUCGUCGCCGUCGAAGCGCGUCCUGGGCACAUUGAACGGAGCCGCCGCGUCUUCGGCUAGCGUGUGCCGCGGGUUCGGGCCUACGGUGUCGGGAGCGGUGGACAGCCUGGGGAUGCAGCUCGGCAUGUCUGGGCUGGCGUGGUGGACGAUUGCUGGUGUUGCGCUUCUUGGCUGGCUUCCAGGGCUUAUGCUCGAGGAGUCGAGCAAGCGAGCGGUGAGCGAAGACGACGAGGAGGCGCUUGUCGACUGCGCAUCUGACGCGGAAUCCGUGAUUACGCUCACUCCGGACGAGGCGGCCGAGAUGGUUCUCUCCAAAUAA